ACAUCUCUUAUGCACCACUCAUCAGAAAUAACAAGAGAGAUAGAAAACUAGCUAGCAUUUCUUUAAGAAGCCUUGGUUUGUGAAACAGGAAGGAAAGAUAUACUUGUAUUACUAAGCAGUUAAAGAAGAUGACAGGGAACUUAGCUCAUCUCACUCUUGCCUUUGGCCUUCUUGGAAAUAUUGUCUCCUUUAUGGUAUUUCUUGCACCAAUACCAACGUUUUAUAAAGUCUACAAGAAGAAAUCAACUGAGGGCUUUCAAUCAGCCCCUUAUGUGGUGGGCUUAUUCAGUGCCAUGCUUUGGAUAUACUAUGCAAUGCUUAAGAGCAAUGUUCUGCUUCUCAUCACCAUUAACACGUUUGGUAUUGUCAUUGAAACCGUCUACAUUGUAUUCUUCCUCUUCUAUGCACCAAAGAAGGCUAGGAUGGAGAGUUUGAAGCUAAUAAUAUUGCUAAUUUUUGUUGGUUUUGGAUUGAUUGUUGUCUUGACUCAAUUCCUUGCAAGUGGAGUCACCCGCGGUGUGAUAGUUGGAUGGAUUUGCCUUGUGUUCUCAUUAUGUGUUUUUGUCGCACCUCUGGGUGUUCUGCGACAAGUGAUUAAAACAAAAAGUGUAGAGUACAUGCCUAUUCUACUAUCGGUAGCACUCACCCUCAGCGCAGUUAUGUGGUUCUUUUACGGCCUACUUCUUCACGACUUCAAUAUUGCGGUUCCCAACGUUCUUGGAUUCACUUUUGGUAUCAUUCAAAUCAUACUAUACUUCAUGUACAAAAACAAGAAGCCUAUUAUCGACGAAAAAAUAUCCAAAUUUGAAGCGAAAAUCACCGAAAUGGAGGAGCAAAAAGUUCCAGGACAAGAUCAGAAAAGUAUUGAUGUUGUUAAGCUAGAAGCUUUGUUGCACACUGAAAUUCUUCCGGCUGUUGCAAAAAACCCUAGUAACUUUGAUCAAGUAGCUCUUGAAGCUCAAGCUCUCGGAAAUAUGCCAACUCACACGAUUAAAGUCGGUGCAUGAAACUAGACUGAUUGAUUUUACUUCCAAGUAAAACAAAAUCAAAAUGGAGGAUGUGCCUAGAAGAAUGAUAAAAGUUUCACUUCUGAAAGAGAAUUUUCCACAUCUUCUAAGUAAUGUUAAGCUGCGUGUGUUUUAAUCUUUUGUAUUCAAAGCUUACCGUCUCUACAAAUAUGUACACUUUUCCUUUCAUUUGUAAUAUUGAAGCCAUUGUGAUAGACUAGCUAACGUUUCAGAAAAUAAAAACAUUCGCCACUUUUUGAAAA